GGAGUCAUGCCAAAUUAACAUAUUUAAAUCAUUAUUUUCAUAACCGCCCGUGUUAUUUUCAAUGCUAUAAUUGAUGUGACGAGAAACGAAUAUAUUUACAAAAAUGAAAUAUUCAGGAAUUUACAUUUGUUUGACAUACCUUUUCUUGGUUCAGGGAGCAUUGUGCUUGGUAGAAUUAGAAUUGUCAGUUGUGCAGUUUGAUAACCCUCUGGGAACAUCGUAUAUAGGACAGCAGGCCGGAAGUAAGAGGAAAUGUUGCGAUACCGGGGGAAGUAACUGUCGGACUACCUCGGAUAAAUGUGAUGUAUACUUCACUUUCUGCAUUGGCAGUCAAAGUAAUGACCCCAAUAAUGCUGGAUGUAAUGGCACGUCUAUUGACAUGGAAAAAGAUGUAUCACGUGAUGUGUUAAAAAUCUCAGAUAACAGAAAACUGAAACGCUUUGUCAACGUUACUUUAUGGACUAAGGGUAUAACAACACUAAUUAUUAACGUAUUGGAUAUUGACGAACUGCCGAGCACGGGUAAUGAUCCGCACGUGUUUCCCGACCUAAUUGAUGUUUUCAAUAAAAUUCUGAACUUUGACCCGGCAGCUAACUAUUGGACAGCAACUGAAAAUAUAGUUUCUAUGGUUAGUCACGUUAGUCUCGACAUUCGUCUGCGGGCCUGGUGUGCCACUGGUUGGUACGGCAAGUCAUGUGACCAGAGAUGCCAUGUUGACUCUUUUCACGAGUGCACGUACAAUGGUUCAAUUGUUCCAAAGCAAGAAUGCUUAGAUCCAGAUACACUUGUGUUCAGCAUACAGGACUCUGUAGCAGGUUUACAAAACGCAUCAAAUAUCCAUUAUUACAUGGUGGAUAUGUUAGCUAACUAUGUAUGUCUUAAAACGACCGAGAACAUCAGCGUAAAUAUCCAAGAAAUAAGAGAGCACAGCAGAGAUGGUCACGUGGACGUUGUAUUCAAAGGAUUUUGCGACAACAGUCCGGUUUCCAGUUUAAAAUUCAGAGAAGUGGUAUAUUUGAUGAAUAACGUGGUAACCAGACUACCACGGUUGGAAGAUUAUUUUGCUUCGCCUGUUAUUAGCCCGUCUUUUCAUUAUAUUCAGGGGAGCAAGCAACAACUGAUUAUUUUAGUUCGGAUGGUUGAUUUCCAAAACUUACGUACUGUGAAUUGCUCGAAGGGUGUCAACCUGUUAUGCUCGCCAAGAUUUAAUAUUUCAUUUUCCUGGUCUACUGCUGCCUCAGUUAUAUCUGUAUUAGAAACAAAGGACCUAACUGACUGCAAUGGUGACCUUGUUGACCUUAGUAAGCUGCAGACGACAGCAAACACACACAACUCAACCAUGCUUUUUGUUGUAGAAAGUCUUCCGCCGGAAGAGGGCAAUAUCACUGUGAUGAUUACCACAAUCCGACAACCUAUAGUGCAGAUUGCAGAACACACAUUUUCGAUGUCGGAGUUAGUCAUUGGGACUAACUUCUACGAUUCUUACCCUAUACGAUUUAACAGUUCAAUAGUUAGAAAGACAAAAUUAAGUAUUGAGGUGAUGGCCUGGUGCGGAAAUUGUCGACAAGGUUCCAGGUGCGAGUCUCGUGUUGGAGCCUCGUGUGAUAUAGGAAAAACAAUACUACAACCAGACUGUAGAACCGAUACUGAAUGUAAAAAUGGCGGACAUUGUGCAGAACAGAAAGCUUGUAUUUGUAAACCAGGUUGGACAGGCCCAAUAUGUAACACCGAUAUAGACGAAUGUACAUUGGGAAUUUGCACACACGUGGACACUUGUACGAAUACACGUGGAGGAUACUCGUGCACGUGUUCUAAAGGAUUUACAGGUAAAAAUUGUAAUGUCGAUAUCGAUGAAUGUGAUGAUCAGCCAUGUAAACCAGGACUUGCAUGUUUGAAUUCUUAUGGAUCAUAUCACUGCAUUGGCGUCUGUCCAAACAACAAAGUAAAUGAAAACUGUACCGGAAAUGUUGAUUUUUGUAGUAUAAACCCUUGUUUUAACAAUGGAACGUGUAACAAUGAGGCUUUUAAUUUUACCUGUGACUGCAAUGACGGUUGGACAGACUCUACUUGUCAGACAAAUAUUGACGAAUGCGUCAACAAAACAUUAUGCCAACAUGGAGGACUUUGUAAUGAUUCAUUAGGUUCGUUUGACUGCAUAUGUAGCAACAAUUUUACCGGAAGUUACUGUGAACUGGACGUCGAUGAAUGCAAAAAUUCUUCUGCAUGCAGAAAUAACGGCACAUGCAGCAAUGCAUUUGGGGGAUACUCAUGUACCUGCAAUACCGGUUUCACAGGCGACCAUUGCGACAGUGACAUCGAUGAAUGCAUUAACUUUAGCGGGUGUUUUAACGGAAUAUGUACGAAUACUUUCGGUGGCUAUUCGUGUGAUUGCCUGUCUGGAUGGGAGGGGGACACCUGUGACGUCGAUAUUGACGAAUGUCAUGAACCGAGUGCGUGUACAAAUAACGCUACUUGCGUGAAUCAAGCUGGUGGUUAUGCAUGUAAUUGCCAAAAUGGUUUCACCGGAAGUCAGUGUAAAUCUGAUAUCGACGAAUGUAGUGGGGAUAGCCCCUGUCUUCACGGCGAUUGUCACAAUACAGCUGGUGGAUUUGUGUGUACUUGUUACCCUGGUUGGGAUGGUGUUAACUGUGAUAAUGACAGAGACGAGUGUCUAUCCAGUGAUCCAUGUGUCAAUGGCGGCAUUUGUGUUAAUACACCAGGGAGCUUCAAAUGUAACUGUACCGAUUUAUGGAAUGGAGAACAUUGCCAAAUAGAUGUAAAUGAGUGCACCCAGUCAUAUGCCUGUAAUCAUAAUGGAAACUGUACCAAUCUAAAUGGCAGCUUUUUCUGCUCGUGUUUUUACGGAUGGACUGGUCAAACUUGCAAUGAUGACGUGGAUGAAUGUCUUGGUUCCGUCUGUAAUAAUGGCGGCACGUGUAUAAACAAUGACGGUGGAUAUACGUGUAGUUGUCCAAGUAACUGGAGUGGGAAAAGUUGUGACAAUGAUAUCGAUGAAUGCCAGCUGUACAUUCCUUGCAAAAAUGGCGGCACGUGUAGCAACAGUAUAGGAAGUUAUAAUUGCGCAUGCUCGAAAACAUGGACCGGAACAAAUUGCACAGAUGACAUUGAUGAAUGUCUCCAAGGAAACCCGUGUCACAAUGGAGGAACUUGUUAUAACAAUGACGGAUCAUACACUUGUAAUUGUCCAGCAGAAUGGACAGGUUCUGAAUGUGAAAGCGAUGUAGACGAGUGUCCACUCUCCCCAUGCGCAAACAAUGGAACAUGCACUAAUACAUUAAACGGAUAUUCAUGCGCAUGCGUAGCAGCCUGGACGGGUGCAAGUUGUCGCGUGAACAUUAACGAAUGUAAACAAUAUAAUGGAAUAUGCAAUCAUGGUGUUUGUUCGGAUUCUAUUGGAAGUUAUCAUUGUGACUGUAUUAACGGUUAUAAAGGUCAAAAUUGUUCAGACGACAUUGAUGAAUGUAUUCUAAGUGAAACAUGCAAGAACGACGGUACUUGUGAAAACACUGUUGGUUCUUAUAUUUGUCAUUGUCCAAAAACGUGGUCAGGAAAGAAUUGUUCUGAUGAUUUUAAUGAAUGUCAAAAUCAGAACCCUUGUCACAAUGGCGGCACGUGUGAAAACGAAAAUGGAGGCUUUCGUUGCAUUUGCCCAAAAGUAUGGACUGGUAUGACAUGCGAAAAUGAUGUGGACGAAUGUGUAAACUCAUCAUUAUGCUUGAAUGGCGGAAGCUGUUUCAAUUCGCGGGGAAGUUUCCAGUGUAAUUGUGUUGUUGGAUGGGAAGGUAAUUCAUGUCAAACAAACAAAGAUGAUUGCCUGACGGUCCAAUGCCAGAAUGGCGCCAAAUGUCAAGAUUUAGUGAAUAGUUAUUCCUGUAUAUGCACAAAUGGCUACACAGGAAAAUUUUGCGAAACAGACAUUGACGACUGCGUGCCAAAUCCAUGCCAAAACGGUGGGAAAUGUCAUGACCACGUAGAUUAUUUUGAAUGUGUUUGUCCCGAAGGCUGGGAUGGAGAUGUGUGUAGUACAGACGUCGAUGAAUGUAGAAAUCAUCCGUGCAGUAGAGGGGAGUCAUGCUUGAAUAAUCCUGGAAGCUUCACUUGUAAUGCGGAACAUAUAGGUCCAGUAUCUUCUUUAGUUACUACAACUGUACACAGACCAAUAAAUUUAGAUGUAUUCUCCUUGAAAUUUACUGGCCCUGUAUCCGAUGCACAAAGGCCACAAGUAAAGAAUGGUAUUAGGAGUUUACUACAAAGACUCACGUGUCACGAUUCGAAACAUGUAUACGUGUCACUUAUACACAAUUCAGUUAGCGACCCAAAUGUUGUGGAAUUUCAUGCCCAGUGUGACGGUCACCACAUGACGAAUGCCGAAGUGAAUGAAGCUAUCCGAACGUUCUCAGAUAAUGCAUUGUCAACAUAUUUCCCUGUAAAGCUGGCAAAUACAAAUAGUAAUAAAGAAAAACAAUCAUGGAUAUCAUCAAAUAUACCGUUGUUAGCCGGAGCUGGUGGCGGUGUCUUGCUUCUAGUUAUCGUUAUUGUCGUUGUAGUGCGCUGUAAAAGAAAGAAACAACAUAAACCUGAAUUUGCUCUAGAAAUAGUAGAAGAACUUCAAGAUAUGGACGGAAAUGAAACGAUCACCAUUCGAAACCCAGUUUAUGACUCAAUGUAUGCCACUCAGACUAUAGCAUAGCUGGCCCAUUUCAGACACAUGCGCGAGAGAGAAACAAAUGUGAACUACAGAGCCCUGAAUUAAUGUCUUGUUUGAACAACAAAAUCUUCCAAAACAUCUUUGGUCAUGUAAAUGCUUAAUAAUGUGCCAUUUUAGUGAUUGCUCCCUGCCAACAGUCGCGGAGCUAUUUGUGUUUACUACGUUUUUGUCCAUGGGCCCGUUUUUUAUCAAUUUUUCCCUUCGAUUUACAGCUAAAAAUAAAUUCGGAAUCAAGAAUUUCUUCCGAUUUCUAUUAUGAAAAGUCAUAUAUUUGUUUCCCCAAUAGCAGUAUAAAAGACAAAACAAAAAAAUACUCAAAUUCGGUAAUAUAUUUCUUAUAUUUGUAUCUUCUACAGGAAAUUUUAAUUAUUUUGUUGUACUUAUUUGGUUAUAAUGCAUAUUUUAUUGCUGUUCAUGAAAUAGAAUGAUGACCUUAACAUUGUGAAAGUCCGAAAAUCUAUUUAUAGAAGAAGUUUAAGUUUAACGAAACGGUCAUUCUUAAUAAAUAACAAACAGGAGAAGUUUGCAGGAAAUGAAAUGCAAACAUAUUCAAACAAUAAAUUUCACUGUUUAUAAUUUUAUAGAAAAAAAUUAAGUAUGCCAUUUUUACGAAUCGUUAUAUCACAGAAUUAUCAUUUUCAUUUUCGCUGUUCAAGUCUCUUUAGCUAAAAUCGACCCAAAUUUCCCGAUUUUUUGCUGUUCUAUAUUUUCUUUGAAGGCAAUCCGUUUCAUGGUAGUUUGAGUGGAAAUUUGA